CAAUACUAACUUUACACUUUUGUAUGAAAAACUUUGUGAUGCUAUAAUUCUUGCUGAUUGUAAAACCCAAGAAGCUAUCGCGUGUUAUUGCCUUUUGAAAAACGACCUACAAAGAGCUCGGGAUCAAAAAUAUCAUGAAUAUGUUCAGGAUCUCUAG